AUGGCGGGCACGGAGGCCGAAGCGCGCCGCAUCACCUUGUCGGCAGUGCUCCGCAACGACAGAGACGUUCCGGGGUCCUCAACAGGGUUGCCGCAGCAGCAGAUUCGCGAGAGGGUGGAGCACACGCUCGACUUCUUGUGCUCCCCUGAAGCGAGCGGCCUCGGACGCAAGAGGCGGAUGGGCUCCGGCAGGAAGGUAAUCAAGACAAUCUUCUGGGCGCACGUUGGGGCCAUCGCCCGGCAAAGGAGACUGGCCAAGGCGGACGCGCUUCCUGGAAGUGCAGAGAAGCGGCAGGGGCGCAACACCGGUGGUGUCCUACCCGCUCCUCGCGACUCCUCGCCACGGGGGCAGGAACAGCGGGAGGCGCUAGGGCAGCACGAGCGACAAGAACGGGGGAUUCCACAGACGACCAUCGAGGCGAGGCCGCUGCCUGGUCUCACGCGGGAUUUCCGGACGAUCCAGGUGGAGCACCCACCUAAGAGUUCGUCGGCAGGGUUCUCCCUUGGAAGGGAGGCGACGAGGCAAGAGACACAAUCGUCAUUCGUCAAGCCGACCUCCGGCGGCAAGACCGUCAGUGCGCUCCCAUUCCUGCCGAUUCCGCCGGUGGGGCCAUUGGCAGGACGGCGUGGAGGGGCAUUCGGAGCAUUGACGACCGUCGAGGCGAGGCCGCUGCCUGGCCUGACGCGGGGUGACCCGUUGAAGGUGGAGCACCCGCCUAAUGGUUCGUCGGGCGGGUUCUCGGUGGGAAGCGAGGCGACGAGGCAAGAGGUGAAAUCGUCGUUCCUCAAGACGACCUCCGGCGGCAAAACGGUGGAUGCGCUCCCUUUCCUGCGGAUUCCGCCGCAGGAGAAGCCAGCGACUCCUACCGUAGCCAUCCCGGCUGCGUCCGUUACCGCCGCCGCCGCCGCUGCCGUUCCCGUGCCCACCGGAACGGAAGAGAACCCGAUCCACGGAACGGAUUCUGCACCCGUUACCGCCGCCGCAGCCGCUGCCGUUCCCGUGCCCACCGGAACGGAAGAGAACCCGACCCACGGAACGGUUUCUGGGUACGUUACCGCUGCCGCCGCUGCUGCCGUGUCCGUGACGACCGGAGCGGAGGAGGGCCCGACCCACGGAACGGUUUCUGCGCUGGUUGCCGCCGCUGCCUCUGCCGUUCCUGUGACGACCACCGGAAUCGAAGCGGUAUCACACGACGGGGCGGGAUUUUCUAGCGCCAACCAGACGUCCGUGGCAUGCACGGUGAUGUCGAUCCCCGAUUUACCGGAGUACGAGGAGCAGCGAGCCGCACAGGAAGCUCAGAUCCACCGCAAUCGACCGGCCACCAAGACCGACCCCUCCCCGCCUGACACCACCGUUGGCAACACACGCAGCACAUCGACCGCCGCGCCCGUAACGCCCAAGACAGAGCAGCCGUUCGAACGGGUGAAGCAAGGGAAAUGGAGGGUCCUCACAGCAGACUACUUGAGCACGGACAGCGAAGAUGGUUCGGGGGAGGAACACGGGUGGGGGUGA